UAUAUGUAGAGCUGGCAACGUUUCGGGAUAUUAAUGCCCAAUCUGGCAACCAUGUCGCACCCUCAAAAAAUGGCCGCUGACAACCACACAAGUCACCGUGAUGCCAUUGAAUAGCAUGGAAUUAAACCUUCUUCAGUGUAUAUGUUUUGUGGAGUAAUCACAGAUCAGUCUUAUGUGUUUUGUGAUGGAAGGUAACCAAAACCAACUAACCAAGCAUGGUUUGUUUAUUACAUGUGUGAACAUUGAACGAGUACGUUGUUUUGUUUCCGCAUUAAUAAGUAAACACUAUGCCGGCCCCAGUAAAGCACGAUAUUGGAAUCGUAGUGUUUGAUGUACGUUCUUCUCACCUAUUGGAAGAUUUCCUAAAAUUUGUUAGCUGGCAGCAGCUCAAUACAAAAGACCAACAUCUCUUGAUGUUGGCAAAUGUAAAGCAAUGCAAAAAUUCGAAAAGGCUGCCGAAUUUGUUAAUGUUUCCUAACAAUUUGGCCAAAAUGAAGUUAAAAGAGGUUAAAGAUUGUAUUGAAGAUGCGUUGGUUGCUGAUGAAGAAAAUACACUCAACCUCGGUCACAUAUUUAGAUUGGCAUUUCACCACCUUAAGACUGAUUUUCAGGAUCCAAUUGUGGUCACCAAACAGAUCAUUAUAUUUAGUGAACUAUUGAGUGGUGAGCCAGUUGAAGAGGGACUCUUACAAAUGAUAACAGAUAGAAUUUUGAAAGAAGAAAUCUAUCUGUACAUUGUUGGACCUCGCGUAAACUUCCUGAUGCCAGUCAAAGGGCCAGAUUACUUUUGUGAAGAUACAUACAAAGACAAUAUUGGAUUGAUGGUUCCCACUCCCAUACAAGAACAAAUGAAGACAUUGGUAUGCAAUGUUUCUGGAGUGAUGGCGGAAGUAGAUGUUGGUCUGCAUCUGCUUUUGACUUACCGCAGAACGGGAGGAAGCCAACCAUGGAAGGUCCCACUGACCAUUGGAACCAAAAUACAGAUCCCAGUAAAGACAUCGAAGGUGUAUAGAACGGAUGUGAACAUUCAAGUGAAAAAGGAAAUGAUAGGUGAACGUGAACCUGAUUCAUUCGCCUUGGCUGAAGAUAUAACUAUACCUGUUGAUCACGAGGACAUUGUACGUGGUCUGUCCAUAUGUAAUAAUUUUGUGGCUAUUGAAAAUGAUAGUACAUUUUUCAAAUCAAAUACAGAACCGACAUUUGACAUUAUUUGUUUUACACCGUCGGAAAAUGUUCCAAUUGCAUUCAUGAGUGGACAGGAGAGUUUCGUCGUGCUGGCAGAAAAAAACGAAAAGGAACCUUUUUUCAAUGCCCUGGUAACUUGUUUGGCUAGCCAAAAAAAGUACGCAAUUGCUAGCAGAGUCUACAUUAGGCAGACCCAGCCCAAGUACUUUGCUCUGAUACCAUUAGAUGAUGUUACACCAAAAAGGUUCAUGAUGACGGAGAUAUGUGCGGGGGAAGAAAUUAAAGACUCGAUAAAAUUCCGUUCUCCCAGCGCACCUGUUGCUGAAGUAGAUACGGUUAUUAAAGAUUUUGUCAAGUCAGUGGAUGUGAUGAAUCCUGAUGGGAAAGUCAAGAAGCCGCUCCACCCUACAAUGAUGGUUAAUUGGAAAGACGUCAAGCUGUUGGAAAUGACGGUAGAAGAGUGUGUCUGAUCACCGCUUCCGAACAAAGAUAUUUUGGAAAUACGAUCCAUCACGAGCCAAGAUAGAUCGAGAAGACCAAAAAGUGGCUCAGAAACGUGAUUAUAAUAAUUUAUUUUCUUAUGUUGAAUUUCCUUAGUGUUAGGUUAGGUCUUGAAAAUAUAUGAAAUUUUCCUCGUUAUAACUUUGUGUUUGUAUUUUGCCAACUCAAUAAAAAUUAGCCCAACUUUUACUAUAA